GUGUCAUAAGUGGUCUGCCACAUCGAGACGAACAGACAAGACUGACUCAAUAUUCUCGUGACUUGUUGCCAAACUACUAUAUAGGCGGCCAUGCAGAACAACCUGGACCCACAGCUGGACCUCAGUGGGAAGCUGAUCAUCAAAGUUCAGCUUGGUGAAGACAUCCGACGUAUCCCCAUACACAAUGAGGACAUCACAUAUGAUGAACUCCUUGUUAUGAUGCAGCGGGUCUAUCGUGGAAAACUCAACAGCAAUGAUGACAUCAUUGUUAAAUAUAAGGACGAAGAUGGGGAUUUGAUAACAAUAUUUGACAGUUCAGACCUCUCCUUUGCCAUUCAGUGUAGCCGAAUACUUAAAAUUACAUUAUUCGUCAAUGGCCAACCCAAGCCCCUUGAGACAGAUGAAGUUAAACUUUUACGGAAAGAACUGCAGCAAAUUCGUGACCGUGUGAACCGAAUCCUUGACCGACUGGAGCCGACGCCUGCACCCUCAAGUACCUGUGACACACUCGAUGGAUCUGGUUUGGGGCCAAGUCCCUCCAAGAAAGGUAGCUCUGGGGGUGGAGGUUUCCAGCGGCCUGCCCAUGUGGCCAGCAGCAAGGAGUUCGACCCCUUGUCAUCGCAGAGGUCAGUGGAGGAGAGCACACAGAACAAGGUUAUGUCAUCAUUCGGCAUUGCAAGUGAUUCAACAAAUGAUCGUCCCGGUACACCUGACAGUAUUUCAAGUGUAGGAUCAUCAGCUAGUAACCAAUACAAACGCCAACAGCAAGUAACACCCACGCAACAGCCCAAGUACCCCACAACAGCAACCAACACCAUCACCCCAGUCUUUCCCACAACAGCCCCCUCAGCAGGCCUUCUCUGGUCAGCCUGGGUACCAACAACCACCUGCUUCACAGCAGUCACAGGGAGGGGGGCACCAGCUUGCAGGACAACCCGGAGCAUUUCCUGGUCAAACCCAGGGGCAACAGCAAGCGCAGACACAGCAAGCUGGAUACCAACAGCCUGGACACCAACAGCCCGGACACCAACAGCCUGGACAAGCUGGGUACGCUCAAUACCAGCAAGGACAACCAGGGUAUAACCCAGGACAACCUCAGCCAGGUCAACCCCAGCCAGGACAACCCCAGACAGGGCAACCCCAGACAGGGCAACCCCAGACAGGGCAAUCCCAACCUCAGCCUCAGGCUGGACAUCCCCAGCCCGGACAGCCUCAGCCCGGACAGCCUGGCUAUGGAGCUCCUCAGUCAGCACCAUAUGGAUUAACAGGACAACAGCCACAGCCAGGACAACAGCAAAUGUAUGGACAGCCACAGCAAAGCUACCAACAAGGACAGUUUCACUUGUUUGGAUCUGAGUGGUGAAAGAAGGUAAACCUGAGCUGGUGCCAUUUAUUUCAUGCAGCCUCAGCAGUACAAUGCCCCAGCCUCCGGACCCGGCCCUGCAGCAGGGGGAAACCCUUACAGAGGAGGAUAUGCAUCAGGGUACCCCCGCCCCCAGGCAGGUUACCCCCAGGGAUACCAGUGAAACUGACACCUGCCACAAAGUUGUAUUUAUAUUUUAUCGAAAACGGACUAUGGACUUGCAUUCUGAUGGAGCAGAUGACAUCAAGUUGAAUUUGUGCGUCAAUAAUGUUGUGUUUCAUUACGUGACUAGUUACAUGUAAGAAAAAUUAGGGGUAAUUUUGAGAAUAAUGACAUCGGUUCUGAGUUGGGUCAGAAAAUUAUGGGCAUGUGCAAGUAUGUGACUGUUGAAUGAGACAUGAUGUUGAUAGUCACUAGCAGUAGGAUAAUGUUAAGUUCUUUCUGUGGUUGAGUAUUUUCCUCUAUCAACUGAAUAUAUAAAAAUAUUUUGGAGAGACAAUAUAAUUGUUGAUGGUUUUACAAUUGUUUUGAUGGAUUUUUUUCAUGUGCUUAUUGUGAUGAAUCUUGAACAAGCUGAAUCAACUUUUGACCAGUUCAUCUAAGUGAAGUGAAAUUUUUUUAUAGGAAGUAGCCCAUCUGUAAGAUUAAUCAUUAAUAUGUUGCCAGUAUGGACUGGUAUGGAGUCAAUUCUUUUCAAGUUAAUGAAUAGGUUAAACAGCCCAUUAACUAUAAAAACAAUUCUGAGAAAUGGCAGUGUGUAAGGUAUCUGAAUUAGCAAGAUAAAGUUAUUUACUACGAUUAGAGCUGUUAAAAAUGUUAGGAAAAAUAGAAUACAUUCAUCCUGCCUCUGCAUUGGAGGCGUGACAAGGGCUGGCGUCAGUGGAGUUGUUAAAGGUAAUGGAGCGAUUGCUGUCAUAGACCUCAUUCAGUAACCUUGACAACCGUAGUUGUUGCUUUACAUUUUCAUAACCAAGCUUAAGUUUGUCUUUCAUACUUGAAUAUCCCUAUGGUGUUUGUAAUAAAGUAUUGUAAUUAUAUCAAAUACCAGUGACAGUGUCAGACAGUCACAUUUCCAAGACACCAUUUGGUUGACUUGGAAGAAGUGAUCAUCUCUCCCAAGGCUGUUUUUGUAAACAAAUGUCCCAAUGCUUUGGAGAAUAGGUAUCACAUAUAGAGUCUACGCAUGAGACAUUUGUCCUCUUGUAAACCACAUAUAUAAUACUCAACUUUUGAUAGGGACAGCCACGUAUGAAAACACAAUGCCUUUUACUGAGAAUAUAACAUAUGUUUCAUAAUCUAUUCUAUUCUAUUUAAAUAUCACUUGACAUUUGAAGAAAAUAUGUUUUGUGUAUGGUGAAAAGGUGAAAUUGUCCUUAUCAAAAGUGGAGUAGUAUACUUCAUGAGACUUCAGGCAUUGUGAAAUCAUGUUAUGAGUACAGAUGCACCCAUAUCCUCCUCCCACCUUCUCUCAAUCAAAUGUUCCAGCUGUGCCCAGCGUAUUUUUCUGUGAUGUUGUACCAGGCCUAUUUAGCUUGUCAAGCUAUGUGCUGCUUCAGUCUUCACCUGUACCAUCAGCAGUUCACCCUCUUCUACAUACUGUAUAUCAUUGUCUUUGUCUUUGGCCGGUCAUGUCAGCAAGUGUAUUUGGGUGUGUCUGUUAUCAGUUUCUCAAAGCCUUUCAUUGUUAUCAGUGAGUCUGUUAUCAGUUUCUCAAGCACCUUCAUUGUUAAGUCUUUUAUCAGUUUUUAAGCACCCUUCAUUGGCUAAUGGUUACAGUGUUUGCUCAUCAUGCCAAAGAUCCUGGUUUGAUUCCCCACAUGGGUACCAUGUGUCCCCGCCGGUGAUAUUGCUGGAAUAUUGCUAAAAGCGGCAUAAAACUAAACUUACUCACUGGCACUGGAACUAAACACUGUUUUUCAAUCAUUCUUAUCGAAGCAUCCAGAUAGGAUAUGUUUUGUUGCAUUAUGUUUAGUUUCCAUGGAUCCCCUGCAAACUUGCUGCUUGCAAGGGGCAACUACAUGGACUGGGUGGUCAAGACUCGGUGCCUUCUUCAAUUGCAUGCCAUUGUAUCUCAUUUUUGCAAACCAAUCCUCUUUGUAGAUCGAUCCUCAUGAUCUCAAUCACUCAAUUGUCUGGUCCGGACUCACUUAUUCACACACCACCGUCAUGUCUCUGGGACAGUGCAGCAUUAAAACAACGGACAAACCCAAACAUCAUUAUAGUGUCUGUAAUUGUUACAUUUAUAGCUGUUUAAACCUCUUGAUUAAAUCUAGUUACUAGUCUUGAAAGAAACUAAUUUUGUGUAUUCAAUCUCUGUUUCAUAGAUCCAGACAAUACUAAUGAAAAAAAAGUAUUCUCUGGGUUUAUUAGUAUUGAAAUUACAAAGAUAUUUCUUUUGCGAUGUCACAAUGGUUCUGGUAUUAUGAUGUGUCAGUGAUGAAAGCAGCCUAAGGGCUCAGUUAGAUUGGACUGAGUAAUACCUAUUGUGUAAUACCUGCUGUACAGGGUCUAUACCUGGGGCAGUGUCUAACGAGGACAAUGGCGAUGGCAUGGACACAAUACUCCCUCCAAUAGAUGGAAUGUCUGAGAGCUGUUUGAUGCUCUAGGGCACAGAAGGAAUUCAUGUGUCAUCUCAACAUCAUAAAUGUUUUGUUUUUACACAUAUUUUCUAUUCUAUGAACAGUUUGAGUAAUAAUUUUCGAAAACAUUUAAGUCCAACAUCAACUUUAAGGGUGAGAAAGGUAUGUGCAGAGGUAAUAUAUCUUGAUAACUGACACAUGGUAUUUGGAAAUUGACCAUUAAUGACACAUCCAGGGCCCCAUGGAAAGGGUCAUUUGGUUUUGAAGGGGUCCACACACUGUAAUAAGCUGAAGCAUGAAAUGGAUUUUCAUUUCCAACUACAUGUAGUAGCAAAUCUAUAUGCUUCUCAACGCCCACUGUUACCCACUGAACACUUACAUGUUUGAUGGUGGCCAAAUGUUUACUGUACACAGCAAUGUGGAGAAUGGUUGAUAAUGUGAUAUUUUCCAGAUCUGAUAUUUGUAACUGAUACAUUGUAAUCAGAUUAAAGUGUAUGAUUGCAUGUUGUAGGACUGAUGGAGCACUGAGAAAUACAACUUUCAGACACAUUUGAUGUUCAUGACUAGUCUUGCUUUUGCUUGGUAUUAUUUAGCUCAGACAUUUUUUAUACCAUUUUGUAGACUUGUGGAUUUGUAUCAUUCAGUCCAAAGUAUUUUUCUUCUGGAAACUGACUAUGGAUUGAAUCCUGAAUUGAAAUUCAGAUUAUAAGCCAUGGUCUGAGUAAACUUGUUUGGUUUCAUUGGUUAAACCAGUUGGAUAUACAGACCUGCACAGGGUAGGCUUGUGGUUAAAGCAUUCGCUUGUCACACCGAAGACCCAGGUUGGAUUCCUGACAUGGGUACAAUGUGUGAAGCCCAUUUCUGGUGUCCCCCACCGUGAUAUUGCUGGAAUAUUGCUAAAAGUGGCGUAAAACUAAAGUCAGUCACACAGACCUACCCCCCUUUGAACUGUCUCCUAAAGCUGUGACAUGAUAUUGGGACUGGAACACUGAUUAUAUAAAGUUUGGCAAAUACUUGUUUUCACUAAGUAUUUUUAGAGGUAUUUUAAUAAGCCUUGAGGGAAACUUAGAUAUUAGAAUUGUAAUAAGCUCACAGUCAUGCUUUCUUUUGAUGUUACUGUAUAUUGCCUUAUAUUAUAUACCCCACCCUCACUUAUGUAGAUCUUCAAAAUCAAUAUAUUGAUAAGUAAAUCAAUAUAUUUAUUAAACCCCAUCUACUAUUUCAAUCUGGGAAUGAAGAAUAACAUUAGCAGAGCUUACAGAUUUGUGAACGUUUAAAUUUCAUGAAAUAUUUUUUUUCUUUUAUUCAUCAAUGAUUUGUUACAUGAAUGUAUCUAGUUCUUGGUGCAACUUUGUUGACAUGAUUCAGCAUUAGAUAGCUGCCCAUAACCUAAAUUGGCAUAGACGGUGAUAUAUUGUAGUCACUUCAGUUCAUAUUCAUAUUACCUUAAUACUUCAAAUUUCUAUCAUUAAUAUAAAAUGGUCCUGACUUAUGAGUUAUUACUAUAUUAUUAGAAUUCCUUUUAUACUAUAUAUGUAGUGUCAUUGCAUUGUUAAUCAAGAUCAGUUGUCAUGGUGAUCAGUUGUCAUGGUGAUCAGUCACGUGUCAGCCAUAUUGUAUUGUAUAUAGACAACCUGUACAUUCAGUAUGUCUGUUGUGUUUAUAAAUUAUGGUGUAUAAAGUAAUUAGAACAAAGUACCUUCCAUAUCUGUUUUGUUGUGCAAAAACAAGUAUUGAAUCCCAAAGCUGGUGAACCAUUUGUGUACCUUACGAUCAGAGUUUGUCUGUUCUGUAAAAUGAGAAAGAUGGCCAAAAUAGCAGUGAGUUCCAGCUUCUAUUUGAACACCACUAUAUAGAGUAUAUUUGUUGAUGCAAGUACACAAGGACAAAAGAGAAAUGUGUAUGAUGUAAUCUUGUGAAACUCAACGCAGGCACAGGAGGGCCGGAACUACCUAUACAUGUUGUGAACUGCAUCCCAAAGCCCAGUCCUCCCAGCCAUAUGCUCUUUGUCAUACCGACACCACAGUUAUUCUGGGUGCUUGGUAUAUUACCAAAGGCUAAACUUUAACACAUUCAUCACAUUGGGCUGACCAUCAAUGUUUUUCAAAAGGGGGUUAAAUACAAGUCAUUAAAUCAAUGGGGACUAUAGACAACAUAAAUGUAAGCUUCAAUCUGCAAGUGUUUGUCAGCCCUUUUUCAUGUGUUUAUGCUGACCUCUCUGUGUCCAGUGAUGUGUCAUUUCUCAGAUGUGUACAUUUGGAUUUCAACGGUGUGCGUGAAUGCAUGCUGAUGUGGUUAUGUUGAUAUGGACAAAAGGUAUUCAACGGCAUGCCGAGAUUGGAGUACAUAAAUAAACAUUUUAUGUA